AUGAAGACCGACCUGCCCUACUUUGACCUGUGCGUCGCCAACAUCCCCUACAACAUCAGCAGCCCCCUCACGUUCAAGCUGCUGGCGCACAGGCCGGCGUUCCGCGCGGCCAUCAUCAUGUACCAGCACGAGUUUGCGAUGCGCCUGGUGGCGCGGCCGGGGGAGUCCGCGUACAGCCGCCUGGCGGUCAACACGCAGCUGCUGGCGCGGGUCAACCACCUGCUCAAGGUGGGCAAGAACAACUUCCGGCCGCCCCCCAAGGUCGACAGCAGCGUCGUGCGCAUCGAGCCGCGCCACCCGCCCCCGCCGGUGCCGCUGCUGGAGUGGGACGGCAUGGUGCGGCUCGCGUUUGGCCGCAAGAACAGGACGCUGGGGGCCGCCUUCAAGAACAACCGGACGCUGGCGGCGCUGGAGGACAAUUACAACACCAUGCGGGCCCUGAACAUGGGCAACGCGGCGGCGGCGACGGCGGCGGCGGGCGCGGGGGCUCCUCAGCAGCAGCAGCAGCAGCAGUGGGCGGCGGCCCUCGCGGCGGCGGCGCCGAUGGACGCGAGCGACGGCGAGGCGUCGGGGUCGGACGAGGAGGCGGAGGAGGGGAUGGAUCUUGACGGCGGCGGCGGCGGCGGCGCGGGGCCGUCGGGCAAGGGCCCGCGCAGCGGCGGGCGGCCGGGCGGCAAAGGGCGUGUGUCGGCGGAGUUCAAGGGCACGGUGGCCCGGAUCCUGGAGGCGACCGGGUUUGAGCAGAUGCGGCCGGCAAAGAUGACGCAGGACGACUUCCUGCGGCUGCUGGCUUCAUUCAAUGCUGAGGGCAUCCACUUCUGCUGA